AUGAGAGAUUCUUUCAUGUCUGCUUCACUAGGAAGUAGUAUUUUGGUGACCACACGAGAUGAAAGUGUAGCAAUAAACAUGGGUUGCACUAGAGAUCACCUAUUUAAACUAGGAAAUUUAUUCCUGGAGGAAUGUUGGUCAAUUUUUAGUGAAAUUGCAUUCUUUGAAAAGAACAAUGAUGAGAGAGUACAAUUAGAAGCAAUAGGUAGGGAAAUUGUAAAGAAAUGUGAUGGUUUACCUCUUGCUGCAAAAACUCUAGGAAAUCUUUUGCGCUUUAAGGAUUCACGGCAAGAGUGGCAGAGUGUAUUGAAUAGUGAGGUGUGGGAACUAGAAGGGUUAUGGGAAAAAAAUAGAGAAACUCAAAGUGGUUUUGCUUCUUUAUGGUUGAGCUAUUAUGACUUGGUUUUAGAAUUGAAACCAUGCUUCUCUUAUUGUGCUAUCUUGCCAAAGGACCAUGAGAUUAAAGGAGAUAACUUGAUUCAGCUGUGGAUGGCUCAAGGUUAUCUUAGGCAAACACAUGUAGAUGACAUGGAGAGGAUUGGUGAAAAGUACUUGCACAAUUUAGCUGACCAUUCUUUUUUUGAAGUUGUGCAGAAAAUUGAUUGUGGUUAUGUAAUGAGUUGUAAAAUGUAUAACAUAGUGCAUAAUUUUGCUCAAUAUAUUGUAAAGAAUGAAUGUUUUAGCAUUGAGGUCAAUGAUGAGGAAGAGUUGAAGAUGAUGUCUCUUCAUAAGUAA